AUGCAAAACAUACUUUCUGUGCUGUACUGCAAGAACUUGCUAGAUGUUCUCUUGAUCUACGGUUAUGCUUUGUCAACAGGAGAUAUUUUGGAAGACCCAGUUAAUGAGCCUAAAAAGGACAUGUACAUUAUGUCUGUUGACCCUGAGGAUGCUCCUGAUCAAAGGCUUUCACAGGCAUCUUUACUUGCUGAGCUCAAUGAGAUUGGUGGAAGGCAUGGAAUUGGCCGGAUCCACAUGGUUCAUAAUCGGCUUGUAGGUAUGAAGAAUCCGGGUCGAACCAUCUGUUAA